ACCCGAUAAUAAAGUAGCAAGUACAUUAACUGGCUGAUACUUAUCUGUCAUUAUCUUAUCAAAGACGUAAGUGCUCGCCGUGUGCCGAACUACUGGGGGCUGAACAUAUCCGAAAACCUCUUUCUAACGACUGCGUACUGUUAUAGUAAAGAGAACAUCAACAUUGUAUCCCAGUGUGCACGGUCCAACUCCUGAGUAGCCAUGUCAUAUGCUUUUGGUGUGUUGCUGUGUGCGACGCUAUGUGGAGCUGUGCCUGUGCUUAGACUUCGAAGCUGGCUCCCCAUUCCUGACGCCUCCAGCCGCCUCCUACCUUUCCUGGGAACCGCAGACAAAGUUGCAUGGGACGACCAGGACAGCUACCUGUACGUUAUAGGUACCCAAGCUGAGACUCUGCAUAUCGUGGACGUGGCGAAUCACAGCGAUCCCCAGAUUGUGUUCACUCGUGUAUUCAGUGAGAUAGCAGAUGGUAUCCCACAAGCUAUUGCCUUUUGUCGUAGUCCCAUGCGUGAGGAGUUGGUCAUAGCGUUCUCCGCCAGGGAUAGGCUGAAUGAGGGACAUGUGGAGGUCUUCAAACCAUUCCUUCGUUUCGACCAGACUCUUACACUCCUCGGAAGAGUAGCAACUGAAGCCGACCCAUCUGCUGUGAAGUUUGACAGUUCCUGUUUCCAUUUUGUCGUGUCAUGCGAGGGUCGACCUGGCAAGAGAAACAACGCAUUUGAAGACCCUUUGAGUCACGUAGAUGUGUUUGAACCCCAAGUGAAUGGCUGGACCAAACUCACCAUAAAUUUCCAGGGUGCGAGAGGACUGGAUCAAGCCAGAUACGUUUAUAAGGACGGCAACAAUCCCCAACAUUCGAUACUCAACGACCUAGAGCCCAGUGACCUUGCAAUAGACGAUGACAACCGCGUCUACGUCAUCUUCCAUGAAAACAAUGCUAUAGCCAAGUUCGACCUGGACAAUCUGGCGGGCGGUGUAGACAUAUACAGCCUUGGCACCAAAGACUGGAACAACUUUGACAUCGACACCAGUGACAAAGACAAUGUUGUGAGUCCUGGGAACGACAAUGUCAACCUUGUGCGUCGGAACAUUCGGAGUUUCUAUCAGGCAAAGAACGCUGACAUACUCCACUUUAACAACAGCACCUUCCUUGUGACCGCCAACACCGGGGCAUACAAGGCCUACACCACAGCUGUAGAGGGGGUAGCAUUUAACGAGGCAGUCAGAGCACGCCUUAUUGAUGAUUCUUUGUUUGAUCCGAAUCUUGAUGCAACUACAAAAUCGGCCUUGAACGAUGAUGCUGAACUCGGUCGCCUGUUUGUCAGCACUUUACAACAACCGUCAGAUGGAUGGGACCCCCUGUUUGGUUACUUCAAGCAUGCAUAUGCCUACGGUGGUCGGAGCUGGUCGAUGUGGAACGCCGACGGCGUGAACCAGGUGUAUGACAGUGGAAGCGAUUUAGAGUACGAAGUCAGCCAGUACAAUAGAUCUGUCUUCAAUGGAGAUUGUUUUUCGCAAAGCUUGUCGCCACCUCAGCAUCUAGACACAAGGUCUGACGACAUGGGCCCUGAACCGUCGGCGAUAGCGACAGGGAUGUUCCAUGGGCAGCCUAUUGUUGCGGUGGGCAGUGGUCGUAUGGGAGGAAUAUGGCUGUACUCAGUGGCAGAAGGAGAGGGCGUGGGCUUGCCAACAGCAACCUUCCUCAGUUACAUACGCCUGGGAGACAUCAACGGCAACUGGCGUACCUUAUAUGACAACGAUGCUGCUGGCGUACAGUACAUCAGUGAUUUACUUUUCGUGAAUCACCACGAUCAUGAGAUGGUUAUCGCCGUGGGCUCCCAGAUGGGUGCCAUUGCUUUCCUCGAGUUCGAGGAAGAUUCUUUCCCUUAAUCCUUGUAUCGCAAUGUAUGAUCAAUGGCAUUAUCGACAGUAUUGGUA